AUGGCCCCCCCGGCCCUCUUUACAUCCGCCACUGGUUUUGACCGAUAUCAAAGCAAAAUUGUUUAUAUUAUGGUUGUUAAGGAAGUUAAUGGCAACCCCUCCACCACCAGUAAUUAUAACAAUGUUAUCACCAACAACAUUGAUGAUGUAAACAACAAUCAUACUAAUUAUAACAAUGUUAUCACCAACAACAUUGAUGAUGUAAACAACAAUCAUACUAAUAGUGACAACCUUAACAACAACAUCAACAACACCAACAACAACAUCAACAACAACAUCAACAAUAACAACAGCAGUGCCAACACUGUAGAUACCAACGCUACAACCCACAGCGCAAAUAUCAAUUGCAAUUGGAACAUCAUCAAUAGUGACAACCUUAACAACAACAUCAACAACACCAACAACACCAACAACAACAUCAACAACACCAACAACAACAUCAACAAUAACAACAACAGUGCCAACACUGUUGAUACCAACGCUACAACCCACAGCGCAAAUAUCAAUUGCAAUUGGAACAUCAUCAAUAGUGACAACCUUAACAACAACAUCAACAACACCAACAACAACAUCAACAACAACAACAGCAUCAACAAUAAUAACAACAACAGUGCCAACACUGUAGAUACCAACGCCACAACCCACAGCGCAAAUAUCACUUGCAAAUGGAACAUCAUCACAAGAAGCAAGAAGAACCACAGCGAUGAUAAUAAUAAUAAUAAUAAUAACGUUAACAAUAAUAAUACUAAUAACGUUUUUAAAUAUUGUAAAAAUAAUAUUAAUAAUAUGUAG